AUGAGUGCCGAGCCAAUAGUUGAAUCAGGUUUACAGUUAAUCACAAGACUAAUCGACCGACCGUCCGUUCAAGAUUUGGACAGUGAUUUAUUCUUUAAAGGCCUUGACAACAAUGAUGUGGUAGAAAUCAGAGGAACCAUUGGCAGUGGGGUUGAUGAAUUGCUGAAUAAACUCAUUACUAAGUGUAUUUUGCCUUUAAAGUACAAUGGGCUAAAUAUGGAGGUACUCCUUUUGAACACAGAAAAUCAGUUCCAGAUUUCUAGGCUUUAUAGAAAUUUGCACAAUGAAAUCACGAAUGUUCAAGGACCAAUUAAAGUUGAUGAAAUAGUUCUAGGUUUGUUGAACAAUUUGAAAAUUACUAGCUGUUAUAAUCAUCAGCAAUUGCUAUUGACUUUAAGUUCGUUGGAAAAUAUACUGUUGACAAACAAAAAAGUGGGCAUGAUUGUUCUCGACAGUAUUAGCGCGUAUUACUGGCAGAAAAAGGAUGAGUCUUACAACACGUAUCUGAUGAAAUUUCUGAGAAUCAUAAGAAAAGUUACAAUAGACUUUAAGGUGGUGGUAUUGUAUACAAAACAGUUUGAUUUUGCUUCAAAGAAACAUACUUUAGAGUGGCAUGAGGGAAAAAAAUUACUUCGCUACGAGAUAAGUUUAUGCAUCAAUGAACAUUUGAACCAACUUGUUUGUAAUAUCAAAUCAGGAGAAGACAAAAAGCAGCUUUCCUAUGAAUUGAACAAUUUGGUUUUCACAUGGUUAGAGGUAAGAAUAGUCAAAGCUUUUCACAAG